AUAGAAUUAAAAGUAGUCGAAGUAGAUUACAGUUAUUGGGCACGUCCUAAUAAAUAUGUAUCUAAUCAUUCUUAUUUAAGGAUGAAAGUGGGAUACGUUCUCGAAAUAGCUGAAUUAGAUCAUGUUCGUUAUGUACGCCCUAAUGGAUAU